AUGAUUUUUCAUUUUUUUAGCAUUAAUUAGACCUUUAUAAAUUUGGUUUUUCAAGAUAACCAAUAUGAUACAUUGAUGAAAUCAUAUACUUAAAGAAAUACUCAAGUUAAACAUAGAACAUUGCUCUUAAUUUCUUUAGAUAAAUAAAUAAUUAUUACACUAAGGAUUAGUUAGAUCAAUUUAGAAAGUAACUUGAUUUUACAUUAAUAACUAUAUAAUACGAUUACAUAGACAUAUCUAAUUUUGUUAUUUCUCAUGGAUUUGGUCUUUAUGAUAUUAUGCUUUAUGACAGUUUAGAAAUAUAAAUAAAUAAUGGUAUUAUUAAUUAACAAAACCAUCGAUUCUUGGGAUUGCAUAAAUACCAAAGUUGUUAGUUGAAACAAGUUACUGCUCAAUAUUAUUCAACUACACUCAAUAUUGGCUCGUCCAAACGAACAAAUCUACAAAAUCUAACAUUCUAUCAAGUAUAAUCGUACGCCUUUCCAAUAAUUGCAAUUGAUUCUAUUGAUUAUAAAUUAAGUAUAUAGACAGAGUCCAUAAUUUUGUAGGAUAUAUCAUUUGUUUCUCUUAGUAAACGAGCAUCUAAAUUACAAUAUAAUAUUCAGGAAUAACAUUUUAAAUCAUUAUAAUUCAUACGAUAUAACAAGAACAGCAGAACUUUUAUUAUUGAAUUACCACUCUUGUACGAUAAUAUUGAGGAACUCAUUUUUUUACAACAAUGA